UUGCAAUUGCAUUGUAUUUUUGUCAACUCUUAGCAAAACUCAAUGGCAGACAAGGAGACAACAAAAGAGAAGAAUGGAUCAGAUUUCAGAAAUGGAACAACUAUUGACAACGUUGUUGGGCGUCGUGGGCUACCCAUGAUCCAAACCCACAAGAAAGUUAUGGAUUCUUCAGAGAUAUGUCACGACGACAGCAGCCCAUCGGUGAAAGCCCAAACAAUUCACGAACUUCAUUCUCUACAGAAGAAGAAGAACAACAAGUCAACUCCUAACACUCCUAUCAGAUCAUCAACAACAACACAAUCUCCCUUUGCCUCUAUUUCUGAAGAGGAACGCCAAAAACAAAAACAACAACUUCAAUCCAUCAGUGAAUCGUUGGCGUCGUUGACAAGGGAGACAGGACCUAAGGUGGUGAAAGGAGACCCAGCCAGCAAAGGGAGUAGUUCACACGUGGAUCAUCACCAGCAUAGUCCUCUUAUUUCAACAGCAUUUGAUGUUAGUGAUAGUGCACUCAAAUUCACACAUGUCCUAUACAAUCUUUCCCCUGCCGAGCUGUAUGAACAAGCGAUAAAGUACGAAAAGGGUUCAUUCAUAACAGCAACGGGUGCGUUAGCCACUCUUUCAGGAGCAAAGACAGGACGUUCUCCACGUGACAAACGGGUUGUUAAGGAUCAGACAACCCAACAUGAUCUUUGGUGGGGAAAGGGUUCACCGAAUAUUGAAAUGGACGAGCAUACUUUCUUAGUCAACAGAGAAAGAGCAGUUGAUUACUUGAACUCCCUUGAAAAGGUUUAUGUGAAUGAUCAAUUUCUGAAUUGGGAUCCAGAACACAGAAUCAAAGUCCGAAUAGUAUCUGCAAGAGCUUAUCAUUCUCUAUUUAUGCAUAAUAUGUGCAUCCGACCAACACCUGAAGAGCUAGAGGAAUUUGGUACCCCAGAUUUCACUAUAUACAAUGCAGGACAGUUCCCUUGUAAUCGUUUUACUCAUUACAUGACUUCAUCAACUAGCAUAGACAUGAAUCUUACAAGAAAGGAAAUGGUCAUCCUUGGCACACAAUAUGCUGGAGAAAUGAAGAAAGGUCUCUUUAGUUUAAUGCACUACCUCAUGCCGAAGCGCAAUAUUCUCUCCCUACAUUCUGGAUGUAAUAUGGGCAAAAAUGGCGAUGUUGCGCUCUUUUUUGGAUUAUCAGGUACUGGAAAGACUACUCUUUCUACCGAUCAUAACCGGUAUUUGAUUGGAGAUGAUGAGCAUUGCUGGAGUGAAAAUGGGGUGUCAAAUAUUGAAGGAGGUUGCUAUGCUAAGUGUGUUGAUCUUUCAAAGGAUAAGGAACCAGAUAUCUGGAAUGCCAUCAAAUUUGGGACAGUGCUCGAAAAUGUUGUUUUUGAUGAGCAUACGCGAGAUGUAGAUUUCUCAGACAAAUCUGUAACCGAGAAUACUCGUGCAGCGUAUCCUAUAGAGUACAUACCUAAUGCUAGGAUACCAUGUGUUGCUCCCCAUGCAAAGAAUGUCAUCCUUCUAGCUUGUGAUGCAUUUGGGGUACUCCCCCCAGUAAGCAAGCUGAGCUUGGCCCAAACAAUGUACCAUUUUAUCAGUGGCUAUACGGCAUUGGUUGCUGGGACAGAAGAUGGUAUAAAAGAGCCACAAGCUACAUUUUCUGCUUGUUUCGGUGCAGCAUUUAUAAUGAUGCAUCCUACCAAAUAUGCUACGAUGCUGGCUGAGAAGAUGCAGAAGCAUGGAGCUACUGGAUGGCUUGUCAAUACUGGCUGGUCAGGGGGAAGUUAUGGAUCAGGCAAUCGGAUCAAGUUAGCGUACACGAGGAAAAUCAUUGAUGCCAUUCAUUCUGGCUGUCUCUUGAAUGCGAAAUACAUUAAAACUGAAGUGUUUGGGCUUGAGAUCCCAACAGCAAUAGAUGGAGUCCCAUCUGAAAUCUUGGACCCCAUAAACACGUGGUUUGAAAAGAAGGCCUACCAAGAUACACUUCUGAAAUUAGCUGGUCUAUUCAAGAACAAUUUUGAUGGAUUUGUGAGCUACAAGAUAGGGAAAGAUCAAAAGUUAACUGAAGAGAUUGUCUCUGCUGGUCCUAUAUUCUGAUUGGAGCACUUAAGCUGGAAGUGCUUCUAAGCAAAACAAAAGAUACAGGGUUGGAGAUUUAUCCUUUUAGAAGCAUCUCACUAAUCACUUUCACUCUAAAGUCUUCACUGUUUUUGGUAGGCUUGAGCUUGACUAUAAGUCUAUCAGUUUAUUUUAUUAUUGUUUAUGCUUUCGUCCAUCAAUGUGUAAAUUUGUUUUUGUUCGCAUGUAUUAUGAUUGAGGUUCCCCCUCUUUAAACAAGGGUCCUUCAUUUUGCGUUCCUGGGAAUAUUUCAUCCUCUUCAAAAAGGAUUAUUCGUAUAAGAAUGUUUAUCCCGCAUAGCGGCAGUUUUUACUUGA